AGCUGCAGUGGUGCUGGGGGUCCCUCCUGUCCAUUCCUGUAAUAUAUCCCAUCCCCACCAUGCUUUGCAGAUCGAAGCGCUUAUGAUGGAGAUGCAGAAUCCAGACACGGGCAUCAAGACACAGACACAAAGGGUGAUGAUCACGAACAUCCCACAUGCUGUGACAGGUAAUGAUAUAUUGCAGUGGAUUCUCCAACGCCUGCAGAUCACUGAGGAAGAGGCGCUCCACCUGGGAGACCUGUUUGUCAAAUAUGGAUACAUCUACCCUCUUCAGGAGCCAAAAAAUCUCACCCUUAAGACAGAUGGCAGCCUGUACAGGUUUCAAACCCCCUAUUUCUGGCCGGCACAGAGCUGGCCUGCUGAUGACACGGACUAUGCAAUUUACCUAGCAAAGAAGAACAUUAAGAGGAAAGGGAUUUUAGAGGAAUAUGAAAAGGAACAUUACAACAUGCUCAAUCAGAAAAUAAACUACAAGUGGGAUUUUGUUAUUAUGCAGGCCAAAGAGCAGUAUAAGGCAGGGAAGGAGCGGAAGAAGGCGGACAGGUACGCCCUGGACUGCCAGGAGAGAGCCUACUGGCUUGUGAACCGAACUCCUCCCGGCAUGCUAGACGUCCUAGAGUAUGGAUUAGACCGUGUAACGGAUCCCAAUGAAGAUAAGAAAAAAACUAUGGAUAUUUAUAGAAGAGAGAUCAUGUACUACCAGCAGGCCAUCAUGAAGUCCAGAGUGAAAUCUUCUGUCUCUCUCGGAGGGCUCGUGAAGUAUUCUGAGCAGUUCCUCUCCAAUGAUCCUAUUCUGUCUGGAUGUCUCCCCAGUAACCCCUGGGUAACAGAUGACCCUGAGUUUUGGGAUCUCAAUGCAAAACUAGUGGAAGUCCCCACCAGGAUGCGUGUGGAGCGAUGGGCCUUCAAUUUCAGUGAGCUGAUACGAGACCCGAAAGGUCGGCAGAACUUCCAGCUCUUCCUGAAGAAGGAGUUCAGCGGAGAGAAUCUGAGUUUCUGGGAAGCCUGUGAAGAUCUCAAGUAUGGAGACCAAUCCAAGGUCAAAGAAAAAGCAGAAGAAAUUUACAAGCUCUUCCUGGCUCCAGGAGCAAGGCGCUGGAUUAACAUCGAUGGCACAACAAUGGGCAUCACGGUCAAAGGCCUCAAGCACCCUCAUCGCUAUGUUUUAGAUGCUGCUCAGACCCAUAUUUACAUGCUGAUGAAAAAGGACUCCUAUGGCCGCUAUUUAAAGUCUCCAAUAUACAAGGAAAUGCUGGCCAAGGCUGUUGUGCCACAAGAGACUGUCAAAAAAAG